CUCGGGCGGAGCUCGGGCGCGGCGGCGGCAGUGGCAGCGGCAGCGGCAGCAGCAGCAGCAGGUGCGCGGCCUGGGCGGGAGCCGCGGGCCGGAGAGGAAGCGGCGCUAAUCCCGAGCACGGGAGACACCUGCCUCAGCCGCGAGCCCGGCGGCUUGACAUCCCCGAGCCCAGGAGCCCCCCCAGGGGGAGGCUGAGAGACCCUUGGAGGCCCCUGACGUCCCUCUCCUUCGGCGCAGGACGGGGCAACCGCAGCCAUGACCACCCACGUGACCCUGGAGGACGCCCUGUCCAACGUGGACCUGCUGGAGGAGCUGCCCCUCCCCGACCAGCAGCCAUGCAUCGAGCCGCCGCCGUCCUCCAUCAUGUACCAGGCUAACUUUGACACAAACUUCGAGGACAGGAAUGCAUUUGUCACAGGCAUUGCAAGGUACAUUGAGCAGGCUACGGUCCAUUCCAGCAUGAAUGAAAUGCUGGAGGAAGGGCACGAGUAUGCGGUCAUGCUUUACACCUGGCGCAGCUGUUCCCGGGCCAUCCCGCAGGUGAAAUGCAAUGAGCAGCCCAACCGGGUCGAGAUCUAUGAGAAGACAGUGGAGGUGCUGGAGCCGGAGGUCACCAAGCUCAUGAAGUUCAUGUACUUUCAGCGCAAGGCCAUCGAGCGGUUCUGCAGUGAGGUGAAGCGGCUGUGCCAUGCCGAGCGCAGGAAGGACUUCGUCUCCGAGGCCUACCUCCUGACCCUGGGCAAGUUCAUCAACAUGUUUGCCGUCUUGGAUGAACUAAAGAAUAUGAAGUGCAGCGUCAAGAACGACCACUCUGCCUAUAAGAGGGCAGCUCAGUUCCUGAGGAAGAUGGCGGACCCUCAGUCUAUCCAGGAGUCACAGAACCUUUCCAUGUUCCUGGCCAACCACAACAGGAUCACCCAGUGUCUCCAUCAGCAACUGGAAGUGAUCCCAGGCUAUGAGGAGCUGCUGGCAGACAUUGUCAACAUCUGCGUGGACUACUAUGAGAACAAGAUGUACCUGACCCCCAGUGAGAAGCACAUGCUCCUCAAGGUAAUGGGUUUUGGUCUCUACCUGAUGGAUGGAAACGUCAGUAACAUUUACAAACUGGAUGCCAAGAAGAGAAUCAACCUCAGCAAAAUUGAUAAGUUCUUUAAGCAGCUGCAAGUGGUGCCCCUUUUCGGCGACAUGCAGAUAGAGCUGGCCAGAUACAUUAAGACCAGUGCUCACUAUGAAGAGAACAAGUCCAAGUGGACGUGUACCCAGAGCAGCAUCAGUCCCCAGUACAACAUCUGCGAGCAGAUGGUUCAGAUCCGGGAUGACCACAUCCGCUUCAUCUCCGAACUUGCUCGCUACAGCAACAGUGAGGUGGUGACAGGCUCCGGACUGGACAGCCAGAAGUCAGACGAGGAAUACCGAGAGCUUUUCGACCUGGCCCUGCGGGGCCUGCAGCUUUUAUCCAAGUGGAGCGCCCAUGUCAUGGAGGUGUACUCCUGGAAGCUGGUUCACCCCACGGACAAGUUCUGCAACAAGGAUUGCCCUGGCACGGCGGAGGAGUAUGAGAGAGCCACACGCUACAACUAUACCAGCGAGGAGAAGUUCGCCUUCGUCGAGGUGAUCGCCAUGAUCAAAGGCCUCCAGGUCCUCAUGGGCAGGAUGGAGAGUGUCUUCAACCAGGCCAUCAGGAACACCAUCUACGCGGCCCUGCAGGACUUCGCCCAGGUGACUCUGCGUGAGCCCCUGAGACAGGCAGUGCGGAAGAAGAAGAACGUUCUUAUCAGUGUCCUGCAGGCAAUUCGAAAAACCAUCUGUGACUGGGAAGGGGGCCGAGAGCCCCCCAAUGACCCGUGUUUGAGAGGGGAGAAGGAUCCCAAGGGGGGAUUUGACAUCAAGGUGCCCCGGCGUGCUGUGGGGCCCUCCAGCACACAGGCCUGCCAGUGGUCCCCGCGGGCUUUGUUUCACCCCACUGGUGGCACACAGGGCCGAAGAGGCUGCCGAUCCCUGCUGUACAUGGUGCGGACCAUGCUCGAAUCACUCAUCGCAGACAAAAGUGGCUCCAAGAAGACGCUGAGAAGCAGCCUUGAUGGACCCAUCGUCCUCGCCAUAGAGGACUUCCACAAGCAGUCCUUCUUCUUCACGCACCUGCUCAAUAUCAGUGAAGCCCUGCAGCAGUGUUGUGACCUCUCUCAGCUCUGGUUCCGAGAAUUCUUCCUGGAGUUAACCAUGGGCCGGCGAAUCCAGUUCCCAAUUGAAAUGUCCAUGCCCUGGAUUCUAACAGACCAUAUCCUGGAAACCAAAGAACCUUCCAUGAUGGAGUACGUCCUCUACCCCUUGGACCUGUACAAUGACAGCGCCUACUAUGCUCUGACCAAGUUUAAAAAGCAGUUCCUGUACGAUGAGAUUGAAGCCGAGGUGAACCUGUGCUUUGAUCAGUUUGUCUACAAGCUGGCGGACCAGAUCUUCGCCUACUACAAAGCCAUGGCUGGCAGCGUCCUGUUGGAUAAACGUUUUAGGGCUGAAUGUAAGAAUUAUGGAGUCAUCAUUCCAUACCCACCGUCCAACCGCUAUGAAACACUGCUGAAACAGAGACAUGUACAGCUUUUGGGUAGAUCAAUCGACUUGAACAGACUCAUUACCCAGCGCAUCUCUGCUGCCAUGUAUAAAUCCUUGGACCAGGCCAUCAGCCGCUUCGAGAGUGAGGACCUGACUUCCAUCGUGGAGCUGGAGUGGCUGCUGGAGAUCAACCGGCUCACGCACCGGCUGCUCUGUAAGCACAUGACCCUGGACAGCUUCGACGCCAUGUUCCGGGAGGCCAACCACAACGUGUCUGCCCCCUACGGCCGCAUCACCCUCCAUGUCUUCUGGGAGCUGAACUUCGACUUCCUCCCCAACUAUUGCUACAACGGGUCCACCAACCGUUUUGUUCGAACUGCCAUUCCUUUUACCCAAGAACCGCAAAGAGAUAAACCCGCCAACGUCCAGCCUUAUUACCUCUAUGGAUCCAAGCCUCUCAACAUUGCCUACAGCCACAUCUACAGCUCGUACAGGAACUUUGUGGGCCCCCCUCACUUCAAGACCAUCUGCAGACUCCUGGGUUACCAGGGCAUUGCGGUGGUCAUGGAGGAACUCCUGAAGAUCGUCAAGAGCCUGCUCCAAGGAACCAUUCUCCAGUACGUGAAAACACUGAUCGAGGUGAUGCCCAAGAUUUGCCGCUUGCCCCGGCACGAGUAUGGCUCCCCAGGGAUCCUGGAGUUCUUCCACCACCAGCUGAAGGACAUCAUCGAGUACGCAGAGCUCAAGACAGACGUGUUCCAGAGCCUGAGGGAGGUGGGCAAUGCCAUCCUCUUCUGCCUGCUCAUAGAGCAAGCUCUGUCUCAGGAGGAAGUCUGUGAUUUGCUCCAUGCUGCACCCUUCCAAAACAUCUUGCCUAGAGUCUACAUCAAAGAAGGGGAGCGUCUGGAGGUCCGCAUGAAACGCCUGGAAGCCAAGUAUGCCCCACUUCACCUCGUCCCUCUGAUAGAGCGGCUGGGGACCCCCCAGCAAAUCGCCAUCGCUCGGGAGGGCGACCUGCUGACCAAGGAGCGGCUGUGCUGUGGCCUGUCCAUGUUUGAGGUCAUCCUGACACGCAUUCGGAGCUACCUGCAAGACCCCAUCUGGCGGGGCCCCCCACCCACCAACGGCGUCAUGCAUGUCGACGAGUGCGUGGAGUUCCACCGGCUCUGGAGUGCCAUGCAGUUCGUCUACUGCAUCCCCGUGGGGACCAACGAGUUCACAGCUGAGCAAUGUUUUGGUGACGGUUUGAACUGGGCCGGCUGCUCCAUCAUCGUCCUGCUGGGCCAGCAACGUCGCUUCGACCUGUUUGACUUCUGUUACCACCUGCUGAAAGUCCAGAGGCAGGACGGGAAGGAUGAGGUCAUUAAGAAUGUGCCCCUGAAGAAGAUGGCAGACAGAAUUAGGAAGUACCAGAUCUUGAACAAUGAGGUUUUUGCCAUCCUGAACAAGUACAUGAAGUCCGUGGAGACAGACAGUUCCACCGUAGAGCACGUGCGUUGCUUCCAGCCACCCAUCCACCAGUCCCUGGCCACCACCUGCUAGGUGGCAGGGCCUGCAGACCCUUGACCUGGAGAAGGAGAAGAAGCAGGAGAGAGAAAGCCAUGGCCAGCCUGCAGCAGGGUCCGGCUGGACAGCGUAUGGGAUCAGCCUGGAAGCAAAUAAGAACCUCCCCAAACACAUCUACGCCUCCCAAGGGCUGGGCCUGUGCAUGCUGUCCCAUGACAUCUCCAUGGUGGUUUUUCCAUAGCGUCAAUGAAAAAAAAAAAAAAAAAUGAAAAGAAACAGGGCAGUAUGUGCUUUUCUUUUCUUUUUUCCCUCAGCCGCGUUAAGAGCCCUAGUUUCACCCCUUCUCCAUCUCACAGCCCCACCCCAUAUCCAUGGUUGCUUCUCAAGACCUCCUCCCGGAUGGUGACCUCUUUCCCAGGGCCCACGUGCGACCUCAGAGUGAAGUCUCAGAGAUGGAGAAGAGAGCGUGGCCGUACCCCAAGAUAUCAGAUAUCAGCCCGACCUGACAGGCGUGUCUCCACUUCCUGGCUUCUUCAUUUCCUGUGCCUCUUAUCCCAGCCCCCAUUUUCCCAGGCAGCCUCUCCUCCUACUCUGGAUGCUGAGGAUUCAACCACCAACAAUGCUUGUGGACCAGACGCUGAGAGCCACAGGAAGCAGAAGACGAGCUUCCUGGUACUGGCACCAUGAUAGAUGGCGUUGGCUCUGGCCUUCCUUGGACUCCCCCAAAACACACUCCCCUCUCAGGGCGCUCCUAGAGAGGACUCAGAAACACAUUCACAGCCGUGUCUCACUGACUGGAAUUCGGGUAGAAAGGUGGUCCGGCCUGCUGUGCGGAAGCAAUGUUUAUUGACAUAGCCAGAAAUUCCGCAGGCCCAGACAGAAAGCUGUGGGACCAUCUCAGCUUGAUGAUGAGGUGGUUCCUUUAUUCAUGAAGCAAAUCCUGUGAGCAGCAAGGUGCCCAGGGCCGCGGAUGGUGGGAGCACAGCCCUGGACAAGGGCAGGCACGUGCUGCCCGCAGCAGCAGCCGGCAACCACAUUCGGGAUGUCUUCUCUGCACAGACUCUCUCAUCAAGGAAAGCUCCCACGAGAAAGAAAAUAUUAAGGGGUUAUUUCAACAGCAGCCCAAAAUGUAUUGGGUCAGGGAGGUGAGGAAUAUAAAUAGUCCUUGUCAAUGAGUUUUUAAUACCAGGAUACGCUCCAGAAAAGGAGUCCUGUUUUAGUGAAUCGGGAUUUAGUGAAUCUUCUGCUCUCAACAUCCCCAGUGUUCCUUAACCUAGAUUUCAAGGCAUACGCCUCUCACAGGGGCCUGUCUCCUUCCAUUUCUCCAACAGAACCCAAAGUCUUUGCAGAAUCUCCCACUGCGCAUGGGGAGACUGUUGAGAAGGAUGGACGCCUUUGGGAAUGACUGUCUUAUUACAGAGCUCCUCUUCUUCAAAGGGAGCCUGUGACCCUGAGCUUGUGAGAAAAUAUAAAGUGAGACAUUUGAUAUCUCUCCCCGAAUCCAGGGACAAAAAGGAAAAAGAGAAAAUAGAACAACAAUGAUCCCCUCCCUCAGGGCGGAUGAAUGGAAAUGGUUACCAUCGUUCAGAUGGCCCAUUUUAACUCGUGGAAAGGGCAGAAACAGUCUAUAGCAGGUUUGUGCGAGACACUGUGCUCCCCAGGGAGGAGAGAGAUGGGACUCACCACGUGUGGCCCGAAGGCCUCCAGCAGGAUAUCCUGAGGUUCAUGCAUUUGGUGCAGAUUUCCGGGCUCUCCCCCAAACCAGUUAAGUCUGCAUCCCUGGGAAUCAGGUAGGGAAAUCUGCACCUUCCACAAGCUUUCUGAGCUGUUCUGUUGCCCAUGGAAAUCUGAGGAUGGCUGCUGUGGAGGGUUUCUCCAUCGAGAGCCUGGGCCCUGAGCUCCCUCUGAGCCAGGAAAGAAAAUAUUGGUAGGGUAGGAGAACAACUCAGUGUGGGAACUGGCAGAUCCCCCUCUCUAGAGAUGUCGCUUCCUAUUCUGAUUUGUUGCUGCUGUUGUUUAUUCCUCUUGAUGACCAUGGAUAUGCCCCAAAGGCAGAAGGGAGAGGCUACACCAUAUGAUAGAACCCACAUUCCAAAACCAGGUAAAAUCUUUAAGCUCCAGAGUCUUCUGAAUCUUUAGUCCUGUGUAUGGACAGUGGGUCUUUCAGAUAGAUGACCCGCUAUUAAGACCUAGAGUUUCUUCCAAAUCCUUGCCCACUGCUUUGGUGGAGAUUUGGAUCAUCCAUUGGAUGGGAUUGCUAUUUUAACAACUUGCCCCUCCAUCCUGCGUCUGUAACCCUGAAUCUGACCCCUGGAUAGAAUCCUGUUAUCUUAAAGAGACUUGACCCUGGUAAAUGGAGGUCUUCACCUUAAGGAGAGACAUUUCACUUCCCUAGCUCACUGGCGCAUUUAUUUAUGAAUACCAAACAGGUUUAAUAUUCUUUCCUCCCUGGUAUUCCUGCCUCCCUUUGAUUUGAUUUUUUUGUGUGUGUGUCUAAGAACCAGGAAAAAAAAAAAUCUUAGGUUUUAAAAAGUUUAAAAAAAAAAAUUCUGUUUCAGAAACUGUCAAAUGUACCAUAUUUGUAUUAAGAGUUGUUGGGGAUUUUUGUACAAUGAAUUUACAUUUAUUUAUGGUGACUUAUAUUUACGCUUGUGAUCAAAAAAUGAUGUUAAAUUCUUAAAUCAUAUUUGCUAUGCAGCUGAAGAUGAUAUUUUGCUUUGUAUUUUGGGGUACCUGUGUUGAGUUGAUAAACAUUUCCAUCUCCAUUAAAACUGCUUCCAAACCAG